UGGUCGGUUAAUAUUCAUAUAAACCAAGUUGCCCAACCUAAACGAGAAUAGCAGAAGCCCAAUCCUGAAACCUUGUGGGCAGAGAAAAUGCCAUAUGAUUGAGCUCAAUUUUACAAGCCAUGAACUUCUUUUCACUCCUUCCAGCCUUUACACCUCCGCUUCCGCGACUACCUCCACUCCAUGCCAACAUUCCCUCCAGGAGUGAUUUCACUGAGAAAGCUGAAGCCAUUGAAUGUGAAAAUCUCAGCUAUUCUAUCACCACAAGGCAGCGUAAGAUGGUGCCAAUUCUUAAGGACUGCUCGCUUUCUGUGCCUUCUGGGCAAUUGUGGAUGCUUCUUGGGCCUAAUGGGUGUGGAAAAUCUACCCUUUUGAAGAUCUUGGCUGGUCUCCUGAAGCCAACUAAUGGAACCAUGUACGUUAAGAGGCCAAAGAGUUUUGUUUUCCAAAAUCCAGACCACCAGGUUGUUAUGCCUACUGUAGAAGCUGAUGUGGCAUUUGGCCUUGGCAAGUUCAAUCUGACCCCUGAUGAAGUCAGAUCCAGGGUGUCAAAAUCUUUGGAAGCUGUUGGCAUGUCUAAGUAUAUGCAGAGACCAGUUCAAACUCUAAGUGGUGGUCAGAAACAAAGGGUUGCCAUUGCUGGUGCUUUAGCUGAAGCAUGUAAAGUGUUGUUACUGGACGAGCUUACAACCUUUUUGGAUGAAACUGAUCAGUUUGGGGUGAUCAAAGCAGUAAAAAAUUCAUUGGGUGAUUCUGGAGAAGUGACUGCCUUAUGGGUGACGCAUCGAUUAGAAGAACUUGAAUAUGCAGAUGGUGCACUUUAUAUGGAAGAUGGUAAGAUUGUGAUGCAAGGUGAUGGAUCAAGGAUAAUGAAUUUCAUCAAAAGGCAACAGUCAUCUUAUAUUGACCAGAUAAAUUCUUGAUCAGAUCUUUUUUUUAAUUGCUUAUUUUUGGUUAUAUAUUCCCUCAUUAUUCUCUCUUGUACAUGAUUCUGAUUUCCUAAAAAAAAUAGUAUGCAAAUCUAUUUGUUUGGUGUUCCAUA